GUCAACAUACCGACAACACCAUGAUCGACGGCCCGCACCACUGUUCCCCUUCAAAUCCCAUCACGGCAUUCCACUUACUUCCUCCUCGCUUCCUGCUUGUGCACGGUCUCUCGUUCCUACCUUCGCUGCUAACUCUCCCACACGUCCCAUUUUACCUGGUGUCAAUCCGCAGCGCGCCCUCCAUAUCCGCGGGUGGCCUCCUAUGGGCCCUGCGGCAAACGUCAAGGCAUAUGCGCACCCGAGUGCCCGAUGAGGGCUUGACUGCAGUGUCGACUGAGCAGCAAGGCGAAGAUGCGACCCGUGGAUAUGAGCGAUGAUGCGCGGGAGAAGGAGCAUUGACGUGUUUUUCUUGACGUGUUUUUCUUCGCAGCAUAGAGCCUCGGCGAGCGUCUUAAAGCCCACAAAGCCAAAAUCCCCGACGAGCGAGCAGAUUGCCACCUUGAGCGUCGCGUAUCGCAGAGAACUGCUGUAUGAUGUCCUGGGAUUCCGUGUAGGAGUCGCGAUCGGGGUCCGCAGGGUGAGCGUGAGCAAAGCGACCGAGGAUACAUGGAUAUCAUGCCAGGACAGGUGGAGAUCAAGAGGCAGAGGGUCGUGAAGAACACACAACAAGUGGACGUGUUCCCACUCACCGUUACCUGUACUGCUGUAC